CUUGACCCCUGACUCGAACACUGAUCGGCCUUGCACUACUUUGCCCAUUCUUGUCGACACUCCAGGAAUUAUCUAGAUCGCCGCAACCCACUAUCUUCCAUCUGGGGCUUCUACAAAAAUCACCGUCCUAUCCCCCGGGUCGAGCUGCAGCUUUCUCCGCCGCUUGAGGAAGAGAAUAAUGACCGCAGCCUACCCCGGCAUCCGAUUCACAACUCCCGAUCAACAAUGAGUCUUGUACAUGUCUUGAGUGCCCUGGGGGCAUUCGAUGAAGGGGGACGCGACCUAUUCCGCCGAACGAUCUAUGGCCCGGGUGGUGUCACUCUGGACAUUGAUCCCCUCCCCAGCACGCAGCGCAAAGGUCUUAUUGCGGUCUCUGUCAUGGCAGUUCUAUCCUUCAUAGCGACACUGGCCUUGAUCUGUUUCAUCAGCUAUCGACUCAUCUUUUGGCGCGGUUCCUAUGCCCGGUACAUCGGUUACAAUCAAUAUGUCAUCCUCAUCUACAACCUCGUUUUGGCCGAUCUCCAGCAAGCGCUCGCCUUCCUGAUAUGCAUCAAAUGGAUCGCAGAGGAUAAGAUCUCCGCCGACUCGGCAGGUUGUUUCCUCCAGGGAUUCUGGCUGCAGGUAGGAGACCCAGGAAGUGGACUUUUCGUCAUGGCGAUCGCUUUUCAUACAUUCCUUCUCGUCGCCCUUGGGCGGAAAAUGAGCCAUCGGGUCUUCGUCAGCUUCGUCAUUGGAGUUUGGAUCUUCGUCGCCGUCCUAGUUAUCAUCCCCCUUGCUGCUCAUGGCCGCUACGUCUUUAUCCCAUCCGGUGCCUGGUGCUGGAUCAGCGAAGACUACGAAUCCAUCCGUCUCUGGACUCACUAUAUCUGGAUUUUCUUGGCCGAAUUCGGCACGGUCUGUCUGUACGCGGUGAUGUGGUUCCAGCUGCGGAUCCGGAUCAAGCAAUCCGCCAUUCUGGGCAGCAGUCACAUCGAAAGUCUCAAGCGCCUUCGCCGCGUCAUCGGAUACAUGGUUAUCUAUCCGAUCGCCUACAUUGUCCUUUCGCUCCCUCUGGCCGCAGGUCGAAUGGCGACCGCGCAAGGCAACUCCCCAAGUAUAGCCUACUUCUGUGUUGCCGGUGCCUUGAUCACCAGCUCCGGACUGGUUGAUGCCCUGCUUUACACCCUGACCCGUCGAAACCUGAUCCUGGAAUCGGAACCCAGCCACGAUCGCAGUUACAACCGCUUCGCCAGCAGCAAGGGCCGAAAGACCACAGAAAACCAUCUGACCACCAUCACCGCGGACCCCAAGUUGAACCGGACGGACAUCAGCGCUCUGCGCAAGGGCGUACAUCAUGAAGAUGAUGAUCUCGAGCAAACUGUGCGCGACGGCUCCACCGACAACAUCGUGCAGACUGCCGGCGUGGAAUUGACCCCCAUGGGCAAGGUGUACCAACACACGACGAUCGAGAUUACCUCUGAACCUGCAUUCGACAAUGAAGUCGAAGAGAGCAGCGAUCGCUCGAGCAAGGAUUCAGACCGUCACCAUGGGAGGAUCAAUGACUCGUCAGCACGGAUGUGGGGGAGAUAGUUGCCCACCGAACAUCCUCAGAAUUAUGGCUUUCCUCAUUUUCUAUGUUAUACUACUUCUCACGCCUAUCUUUGUACUACUAUAUACGGUUUAUUAUACUUGAGGUGGCGGCUUUUCCAGAUUCCCUUCCCCCUCUUCAUACCCUCUCCGACGACCCGACAUCUAUCCUUCGAUCAGGAGUUUCUUAUCUCUAUCCCUCUCCGCGGAGGGCCGCGGAGGACGGCAUCCUUACCUUUCAUCUUGCAUGAAUUAUCAUGCACAUGUAUAUACCUUGCACCUGAUUUUUCCUUUUCUUCUUUUCUCUGAAUACCUCUAGUAAUGAUACCAGACUUUUCUUCUUCUGCU